GUUUUCAUAUUAUCUACCAUUAAAACUAUUUCAUGUUAGGAAUUUUAGUAAAAUUUUUAGUAACCCAAAAUGUCCCAUGAUAAUAUGCAAGGUACGAGAGAACAGGAUGACUUCAAAGCAACUCAUUUUACAGGCGCAUCUCAUUCCUUUUACGAAGGAAGCAAGAAACAUCUAACGCGCGAACAAAAAAAGAAACUUCUCCUGGCCGAAAUGAUAAGAGAUAUAGAGUAUAAGAAAAAGUAUGGAGACAUCCUGAACACACCAACGCCGUCAAGCCAUUCGAAUAGCCAUCAAGUUACACCAAAACCUGUAAAUAACAACCCACACGGUAUGGAAAAAUGGUUCAACAUCACCAUGGACACAAAGGAUGAAGGAAAAAUUUCACCAAAAGAGUUGCAGCAUGCUUUUCACACCAUACAGGGAAAACACUAUUCAGAUAGCGUCUGCAAAUUCGUGGUACGACUUUUCGACUUGGACAAACAAGGUGGUCUGGAUAUCAAGGAAUUCGAAUCCUUAUACUUUCACAUCAAACAAUGGUUAAGCUCUUUUAACUCAUACGACAGAGAUCGUUCGGGAUAUUUAGACGAGACAGAGUUGGAUUAUGCUUUAAAACACAUGGAUAUUAAUUUUUCGCCUGAAUUUAUACGAUACUUAAUCACCAGAAAUAACCCUAAAGCUAAGAAGAUAUCUUUGGAUCAAUAUAUUAUCACCUGCAUUCAAAUUCAAAGGUAUACCGACGAAUUUAAAAGCAGAGACACAAAUUACAGCGGCCACAUUAACAUGAAGUAUGAAGAAUUUCUUGAACUUAUUAUGAGAUGUUUGUAAAUUAUAGAAUCUUGUUUCUUUUUAAAUAAAGCUAUUGCUUUAUCG